AUGGCUUUCCUCAUUCUCGUUAUAGGGGAUCUUCACAUCCCUGACAGGGCGCUUGACAUUCCCGCCAAGUUCAAGAAGCUCCUCGCCCCCGGCAAGAUCGGCCAGACGCUCUGCCUCGGAAACCUGACCGACAAGCACACGUACGAGUACUUGCGAUCGAUCUCUCCGGACCUCAAGAUCGUCAAGGGCCGCUAUGACGUCGAGGCCACCUCCCUCCCCCUGACCCAGGUCGUCACCCACGGCAGCCUCCGCAUUGGGUUCCUCGAGGGCUUCACUCUCGUCUCCAACGAGCCCGACCUGCUCCUGGCCGAGGCGAACAAGCUGGACGUGGAUGUUCUGUGCUGGGGCGGCACUCACCGCUUCGAUGCUUUCGAGUACAUGGACAAGUUCUUUGUGAACCCGGGAAGCGCAACUGGCGCAUUCCCUGGAAGCUGGAGCAAGGACGGCGAGGACCCGACACCAAGCUUCUGCUUGAUGGAUGUCCAGGGAAUCUCCCUCACUCUCUACGUUUACCAAUUACGAAAGGAUGAUAAGGGUAAUGAGAAUGUGGCGGUGGAGAAGGUGACAUACACAAAGCCAGUUGAGCCAUCAGGAGGAUCAUCAUGA